UGAUUUCAUGUAGUCAGCCAGUGUAGUGCAGUUAUAGAGCAUCUUUGGUAUAACUAACACACGUUUUCAUUCCAAAGGGUGGCGCCUAUUCACGUCACAAGUUGUUUACCUUACACAAAUGUGAAGUAGAAGAAGAAAGCAGCGGAAGAAGAUGUGCGAGUUUCGUUUCCGAGUGACCUACUUAGCUUCUCCUGUUAGCAUCAGUUAAUAAUCUUUAUGUCCAACAAUGGAAUUGGCCGUUCCUAAUGUAGCAGUUAGCAUUUUUUGAUGGAUAGCUUCUGAUUUUCCACCUAAAAGGUGAUACAAAACAUAGGAGCACUGCUAGCUUAAAGUGUCGCUAAACAGUGUAGCUGUUGUUAGCAUCUUUGAUUUAGCUUACGUUAUUCUGAAAUGAGUUGUCAAACGAUAGCUGCGUUUUAAAUUUGCUUGUGUGGUUUGGGCUGUUGGUAUUAGCUGGCUAGCUGAUUAUCGAUUGGUGGCUGAGUAACGCUUACACAUUUAGCUAUAUUUGCUUAGCUACGUUCACUCCUGCAGCCCCCUUGGAUGUUCAGUGUGUCAGGAAGUGACUCUUCAGCCCCAUGUCUGCUGAGGCUUCAGUAGGCAGUCAUGCUGCUGACUCUGCUCAGUCCGCUGGUUCCCAACCUGACUUCCACAACACAGAUGAGCUCAGAAAUCAGGGUCUGCUGGGGAGCAAGUAUGUCAAAUUAAAUGUGGGUGGCUCGCUGCAUUAUACAACUGUCCAGACAUUAAGCAAGGAAGACAGUCUGUUGCGGAGCAUAUGCAAUGGAGGAACAGAGGUUUCCAUAGACUCAGAAGGUUGGGUAGUUUUGGACAGGUGUGGUCGACACUUUGGACUUGUUUUGAACUUCCUGCGAGAUGGUUCAGUACCACUUCCAGAGGAUCAAAAAGAACUGGAUGAGGUUCUGAAGGAGGCGCAGUACUAUCGCGUCCAGGGACUCGUCCAGCACUGCCUCAGUGCUCUGCAGAAACAAAAGGAUGUUUUUGAAACUGUGUGUCGCAUCCCCAUGAUCACCUCAGCCAAAGAAGAACAGAAGAUGAUUGCUUCGUGUCGAAAGCCGGUAGUAAAAUUGCAGAACAACAGAGGAAACAACAAAUACUCUUACACCAGCAACUCAGACGAUAACCUGCUGAAGAACAUUGAACUGUUUGACAAACUCGUGCUACGAUUUAAUGGCCGCGUCCUGUUUGUCAAAGAUGUACUCGGGGAUGAGAUCUGCUGUUGGUCUUUUUAUGGUGAAGGCCGCAAGAUUGCUGAAGUAUGCUGCACGUCCAUUGUCUAUGCCACAGAGAAGAAGCAGACCAAAGUUGAGUUUCCUGAGGCUCGAAUCUUUGAAGAAACCCUCAAUAUCCUCAUUUAUGAGAAAGGUUCUGGUCCAGGAGGCUUACACCUUUUAGACUCGAGAGGCUCGGGUUCAACACUGGGAGCUGAGGAAGAGGGUGCAACGGGAGGCGACAGGCGAGUAAGACGGAUCCACGUAAGAAGGCAUAUAAUGCAUGAUGAAAGAGGGCACGGUCAGCAAACUGUGUAUAAGGACUAAUAAUGUGAAAACAUACGGCACGGAAGAGUGACUUCAUGUAUGUUCUUUUUUUUUUUUUUCUUGGAUGCUAGCAUGAAAGAGAUAUCCUUGAUCAUAGCAAUAGCUCGGUAGUUAUUUCAUUAAAUGUCCUUUAGAUGUCACUGUACAGAAAUGUAGGAGUUGAUGACUGAUCUGUAACUGAAGUAAGAGACAUUUUGAAAAAUGCUUCUGUUUACAAGAAAACAAAUUUUGUACAUUAUUUAAAUAGGAAAUGUUUCAAAUGACCUGGGACGUGAAACUGGCAUAAAUAUUACUUUGCAAAUGUUAAAGGCAUACUAUGCAGGAUUUGUCGGUUGCUGUUUGCACACACAGCAUUCAAAGUGGGACUCCUCCUGCCCGGCUUGAGAAGCAUAAAGAGAGAGCAACGGUGGCCACACCACCCUGCGGGAAGGUGCCACAUAGCCUGAUUUUGUGUGAAUGCAGCUGAAGCACACGUCUCAUCGUAUCCACGGUGGCCUCUCUGCUCUGCGUGUGUGUCUCACCCCCGCCCUCGUUUAAACAGACACAGACGCAGACCUGCAAACUCUUUAUACACACAUGAAACCGAGAGAGACGGAGACAGUGUACCUGGUCGCUAUCUUUUUUUAUUAUAAAGUCCCGACCUCACCUCAGUCCAUACAUUGUUUUUUAGGAAAAUCCUGCAUAAUAUACCUUUUUUUUUUUAAGGAACCUCCUGCGAGUAACUGAAUGGGUCUAAAAACCCAACUUCCCCUCCCCACCUGUUAAUGUGGGUGCAAAUGAUAUGCACUGGCACACUCUGUGUUUGACUUAUAGGAAACACUGUCAGUCUGUUUAUUCAGGUUGUCAAACAUCUGUUGCCUUUUCAUUAGUUGGACUGAUUUGCUGCCUGACGGCGGUGAACAGAGGAUGGUCACGUUUAGCUGAGAUAUGUUAACACUGGAAUAAAACUGAGUAGCCAUUUUUAGGGAGGUUGUCUAUGAAUGAAAUUGUUGAGCAGCUCCAUUUUCUUUAUUUAAAUUAUUACUGCUGUUGCUUCAAGAUGUUUUUAUUAAUUAAUUUAUGAACCUAAUUUAUUGUUUGGUAUUUAACUUUUUGUAUUGUAUGCAAUCUUUGUGUUAACUAGUGCUCAAGUGAGUUGUACUUUUUUGAAUGAUACAAUGCACUCAAUAGCACACACCAGAUUUUGAAUUUACUCCUGUAAAUGACUAAAUAGUGAACUUACAUUUCAGUUUAAUGUUUCAAGAGGAACUGUGACCAUUUCCUUGAUAAUGUAUUUUAUUCUGAGCCAUGACCUUUCACUUUAUGUCUUAUACCAAACCACUGAAACUUGCUAAAAGUAAUUGGCCAUACAGUGAUGAUGAAGGCAAUUAAUACUGGGUUGUAUUUUUAUUUCCCUCAGAGAGAGGAUAUUUUCUUUCUGAUAAACACCAGUGUCUCGUGUGAACCUAAUCACUCUGAAUACUGAAAAAAAACAUUGAAUGAGAACAAUAUGUAUCUCAGACUCUUAAUAAAAUCACCUAGGAAUACCUUAAGAUAUGCACUAAUAUGACUUCCGUCCAAUAGUGGUCAUGGGAAUGUUCUGAAUAAAUUAAUUGUGAAAUCCAACUGUAGCUUCUUGGUCUUAUUUUUCUGUUUUCCCUUAAGUAUAAUAAAGAAAUGGACUCAAA